AUGUCGCAACUUGCUCACAACGUUCAACUCUCCAUUUUUGAGCCUGUCGCGCACUCUCGCGCCAACCGCAUCAUAUGCACGAUUGGCCCCAGCACGCAGAGUGUUGAGGCCCUGAAAAGCCUCAUAAAAAGCGGAAUGUCCGUUGCACGCAUGAACUUCUCACACGGCGGUCAUGAAUAUCACCAAACGACGAUUAACAACGUACGCGCCGCUUCAGCCGAACUCGGGGUACAUAUUGGCAUUGCGCUUGAUACAAAAGGCCCAGAGAUUCGUACCGGUCUCUUCGAGGGUGGUGGCGUUUCUCUCGCAAUAGGUGACAUCGUGCUAGUGACGUCUGACCCUGCCUUUGAGAAGGUUGGGACGAAAGAAAAGUUCUACGUGGACUACCCUCAUCUCGUCAUGACAGUGCGUCCGGGUGGCUUUAUUUACAUCGACGAUGGUGUGUUGAGCCUGAAGGUGUUAAGCAAAGUGGAUGACCGCACACUAAAGUGUCAUGUGAACAACGCACACUAUUUGACAGACCGCAAGGGAUGUAAUUUGCCGGGAUGUGAAGUGGACUUACCAGCGGUGUCGGAAAAGGAUCGCGAGGAUUUGAAGUUUGGCGUGGAGCAAGGCGUUGAUAUGAUUUUUGCUUCUUUCAUACGUACGGCAGAACAGGUGCGGGAGGUGCGUGCAGCGCUUGGUGAGAAAGGCAAGGAUAUACUUGUUAUCUCCAAAAUUGAAAAUCAUCAGGGUGUGCAAAACAUCGAUGCGAUCAUUGAAGCCAGUGACGGUAUUAUGGUGGCGCGCGGUGAUCUUGGUGUGGAGAUCGCGGCGGAAAAGGUUGUCGUGGCACAGAUGAUUUUAAUAAGCAAAUGUAAUGUGGCUGGUAAACCCGUCAUUUGUGCAACGCAGAUGCUUGAAAGCAUGACGACAAAUCCUAGGCCCACGCGUGCGGAGGUCUCGGAUGUUGCCAAUGCGGUUUUUAAUGGAGCUGACUGUGUAAUGCUGUCUGGAGAGACAGCAAAAGGCAAAUAUCCAAGUGAGGUGGUGCAGUACAUGGCCCGUAUUUGUGUGGAGGCCCAAAGUGCCACAAACCAGGCUGUUACGUUUAAUAGCAUCAAAAAAAUGCAAAAACUUCCCAUGUCCCCAGAGGAUGCUGUGUGUAGCAGUGCCGUAAAUUCCGUGUAUGAAGUUCGGGCAAAGGUCUUGCUGGUGUUGAGCAACUCUGGCCGCAGCGCGCGACUUGCAAGUAAGUACCGCCCAAACUGCCCAAUCGUCUGCGCCACAACUCGCAUGCGGACGUGCCGUCAGCUCACAAUCACUCGAUCCGUGGAACCUGUAUUUUACGACGCCGAGCGCUACGGCGACGACGAGAGCAAAGAGAAGCGAGUGCAACUUGGCGUAGAGUGGGCCAAGAAGAGGGGCUACGUUGCCCCAGGGGAUCUCAUGGUGGUGGUGCACGCGGACCACAAGGUGAAGGGGUAUCCGAACCAAACCCGCAUCAUCUACGUCAGCUGA